AUGCGAUACCAACGCCUACGCCAGAGUCGUCGCCGCGCCAUGACCUCUCUCUACGGCCGGCUCUGGCGACCCAGACCAGGUGUAAUUCUCGCCACGGCCCUAGCCUCGCUAGUCUUGAGGGACGGCGCUUCUCACGAGGUUAGGAUGCUGCUGGAUACCGGUUCUGAGCUGUCGUUUGCUACAAGGGAGCUGGUCAAGAAGCUCAGCUUGCCGAUUUCUCCAGCUGUGCUACCGGUCGUUGGUAUCAGUGGUUCGACCUCGGCCUCUAAUGGGUUCUCUCAAUUCUCUCUCAAGUCUCUGCACUCCAGCAAGCAGAUUCUUGUCAAGGCCUACGUUCUCGAUAGCCUCACGUCGUCGUUGCCGUCGUUCUCUGCCUCUCAACCUCAGCAGUGGAAGCAUCUCCGAGGGUUGCAGCUAGCGGAUCCACACUAUCUGACGUCAAGACCUGUCGAUCUUCUCAUUGGCGCAGAUUUCUUUGGAUCGAUAGUGGAGCCGCAGAUUAUCAAGGGGCCAUCCGACUCUCCUAUUGCGAUGCUGAGUCUCUUCGGGUGGGUAGUGCUAGGGCCCACCUCUGUAGCGAUGUCGGCGGUGGUCUAUGUGAAGGUGACGAGUGAGGAUGGUGUCAGCAUCUCCUUAGCUGUCGCUAAGACGAAGGUAGCUCCUCUCAAGAAGCUCACCAUCCCGCGUCUGGAGCUCAACGCCGCGGUCAUCCUAGCUAAGCUCACAAGGUACGUGAUUGAGCAGCUCAACCUUGAUAGUGCUCCGGUCCAUUUGUGGACGGACUCCGCGGUUGCUCUGGCGUGGAUUUGCGCUCAUCCUUCCCGGUGGAAGGAAUAUGUCCACAACAGGGUAACCGUCGUUCAGGAGCUUGUGCAACAAGCCAGUUGGAGGUACGUCAGUGGGAAGGAGAAUCCUGCUGAUUGCGCAUCAAGGGGCAUCUCGGUGGCUCAACUCAAUGGCCAUCAUCUGUGGUGGACGGGCCCAAAAUGGCUACGGAAGGAGGCGUCUCAGUGGCCAAGUGGAAGAGCAACGUUGGACCCGUCUACGGAUUUAGAGGAGAAGCCGGGGUUGACUUUAGCCGCUUCCCUCGGACGAUCGAGUCUCUGGGAUCUCUGUUCGCGGUAUUCCUCUCUCUACAAGUUGCUGAGGAUCACAGCAAUUUGCCAAACGGUUGUGGGGAAUAUGCUGCGGAAGCUGGAAAGGAAGAGGGGCAUCAUCGUUCCAGCUUUGUUCAGCCCAGGGAGCAUGGAGGCAGCUCGGCUUUAUUGGGUCAAGGCGACUCAAGCCCAUCAUCUCCAAGCCGAGUGUGACAUCAUCUCUCACGGAUUGCAGUUGAAGAAGUCUCAUCCGUUGACCAAGCUCACGGCCUUCAUUGAUCAACAAGGAGUUCUCAGAGUCGGCGGGCGGUUGAAGUUCUCUACUCUAGGGCCAGAGAGUAGGCAUCAGGCCAUCAUCCCUCAAGGCUCAGUGCUCGCGGAGCUCAUCAUCAGGGACUCUCAUCAGCGGACGCUGCACGGUGGGACUCAACUCACCUUGGCACAUCUCCGGAGGUCUUACUGGAUUAUUGGAGGUCGUCUACCAGUAAGAUCCUUCAUCCUCAAGUGCGUGGAGUGCGCACGUCAUCGGGGAAUUCGCGCUCAGCAGCUGAUGGGGCAGCUUCCAGUGGCACGUCUGGUGUCGGAUCGUGCUUUCUCUAACACUGGUGUGGACUAUGCCGGACCAGUGUCUCUCAAGACUUGGAGGGGACGUGGUCACAAGACCCAGAAGGGUUGGUUGGUGAUCUUCGUGUGUAUGGCCACGUCCGCUCUCCAUCUGGAAGCUGUCACGGACUACACCGCGGAUGGUUUCAUCGCCGCCUAUCGGAGGUUCGUGAGUCGUCGGGGAUACUGCAGACACCUGUAUAGUGACUGUGGGACCAACUUCAUCGGGGCGGAUAAGGAGCUGAAGAAGUUGUUCUCCGCUGGAGCCAAGGAGUUCCAGCAUCUCUCUGCAGUAUGUCUCAAGGACGGAACGUGUUGGUCUUUCAACCCCCCUGGAGCCCCUCAUUUCGGGGGAAAAUGGGAAGCAGCGGUUAAGUCGGUAAAGUACCAUCUCGCUCGAACGGUUCGAGAUACGGCUCUCACGUUCGAGGAGCUCUCUACGCUGCUGUCCCAGAUUGAAGCCGUUCUCAACUCCAGGCCUCUACAACCGCUCUCGGAAGAUCCUGACGAUGUGUCCUGCCUCACCCCGGGGCACUUCCUCAUUGGAGAAGCUCCAAUAGCUCUUCCGGAGCCCUCACUGGAACACCUCAACGUUGGACGGCUCUCUAGAUGGCAACUGAUCCAGCAGAGGCUGCAGUUCUUCUGGAAGCAAUGGUCUACAGGGUAUCUGCAGCAGCUCCAGUCCAUCUCCAAGUGGCAUCACCCGUCCAACGAGAUCAAAGUCGGCAGCCUGGUUCUCCUCUACGACGAGCGGUUCCCGCCAGCGAAGUGGCCUCUUGCUCGGGUCACAGCUCUACAUCCUGGAAGGGACGGUCUCUCCAGAGUUGUGACCAUCAGGACCGCCUCGACGACGUUGACCAGGCCGAUCUCCAAGCUGGUCUCUGCAAACGAUCUCUACUCCUUCUGUGUCAGCAACGGGGUUCCUGACGGGGGGGAGAAUGUUGAGGCGACGGCCUCAUGUGGCGAAGGGUGGCAGCACCUCCUGGGCGAGGUCUGCCUGACCGGCCGCGCUGGCAUCCAGGUGCCUAAUUGCACCUGA